AUGUCGUCCGCCAUGCUCAAGAUCGCGGAGCUCGAGGCCGAGUACGCGCGCACGCAGAAGAACAAGGCCACGAUGAAGCACCUGUGCCUGCUCAAGGCCAAGAUCGCCAAGCUCCGCCGCGAGGUCACGGACGCGGGCGCCAAGUCGAGCGGCGGCGGCGGCACUGGCGAAGGCUUUGACGUGAACAAAGCGGGCGACACGCGCGUGGGGCUCGUGGGGUUCCCGUCCGUGGGCAAGUCGACGCUCCUCACGAAGCUCACGGGCACGUUCUCCGAGGCCGCGUCCUACGAGUUCACGACGCUCACGGCGAUCCCCGGGACGCUGCACUACCGCGGCGCACGGAUCCAAGUGCUGGACCUGCCGGGCAUCAUCGAAGGCGCCAAGGACGGCAAAGGACGGGGCCGACAGGUCAUUGGCACGGCCCGGACGUGCAACGUCAUCCUCAUUGUGCUCGACGCGAUGAAGCCCGCGACGCACAAGCAGCUGAUUGAGUUUGAGCUCGAAGGCUUUGGCAUUCGGCUCAACAAGAAGCCGGCGAACAUGGUGCUGCGGCGCAAAGAGCGCGGCGGGAUCCACUUCCAGACGACGUGUCCGCAGACAGAGCUUGACGCCGACACAGUGUACCAGAUCUUGCACGAGUACAAGAUCCACAAUGCCGACGUGACGCUGCGGGCGGACGUGACAGUGGACGAGCUCAUUGACCAGAUUGAAGGCAACCGCGUCUACAUCCCGUGUCUCUACGUCCUCAACAAGAUUGACCAGCUUACGAUCGAAGAGCUGACGAUCAUUGACCAGAUUCCGCACAAUGUCGUGAUCUCUGCGCACCACGGCUGGAACCUCGACGAGCUGCUCGAGACGAUCUGGGACUACUGUCACAUGAUCCGCAUUUACACAAAGCCGAGAGGCCGACUACCAGACUACAACGCACCCGUGAUUCUGCACGAAGAGUCGCCGACAGUCGAGAACUUUUGCCAGCGUAUUCACAAGUCGCUGCUGAAGGAUUUCAAGUACGCUUGGGUCUGGGGCGCGUCGUGUAAGCACCAGCCGCAGAAGGUGGGCAAGGAACACCUGCUGCAAGAUGAAGAUAUUGUGCAGAUUGUCAAGAAGGUGUAA